UGCUCAUUAUUGGCGUCGCGUCUUCUCCAAACACUGCAAGACUUCUGUCCUCUUGUGUCCACAAAAUACUCCAUUGGACCCAACUCAAACCUUUGUUUAGGAGUAUUUAAUAUUCAAGAGACACCGUCCUCGGUGUUUUGAUUGAAAUACGUAUUCUUUUGGGGAAUUUUGAGCCAUAGUUAGCAGAGGAAUGAACAGUUCCCCUCAAGAAUACAGGAGACCUUAGCAACAAUAAUCAAGAAUACUUCUUAAGAGGAAUACACUAAAGAACUGCAUUUMAGUAUGAAAAUAGAAACAUUUUUAAUUGUUAGUCUCACUGUAGGACUUUCAGUAGCUGAAUCAAAUAAGCAAGAGACACUAAAUUCAAGACAGAGAUUACCAAAUAUAGUGGCUAUUGUUGGGAAACAUUUCACAUAUUCACUACCAAGGGAUAGUCAUUCAAAAUAUAUGGUGACCGAAGAAGGCAAGAAAUCCCUACCGAAAUGGCUUUCAUUCGACUCCAAAAACAACGAGCUUUUCGGCGUGCCUUCGUGGAGAGACAAAGGCACAUAUCACUUAGAACUACGCAGUACAACUACAGAGCAUUUUACUCUUUACGUUAAAGACUUACACGAUGUCGCAACAAACCCUGCUCUAAGGAACUCCAACAUCACCAAGGUGCCUCUGGUGCAUGAAGCAAUUUGUUAUAAUGGGCUUCCUGUGGCUGCUGCUACUAUAAUAUUUGAUCUUCACGCAGGAAAAUUGAGCGGGAAAGACAGGAUUGCGCUGUUACGACGAGUGGCAGCCUUUGCAGAUGUGGAUGUGGAGAAUCUACGUAUGUCGCUUGGUAAAGGACAUAAUACAGCUUUGAACCUGAAGGAUGUUAUGAUGCUCACUGCGGGACCUGGAAAUGUUCGCGAGGCUAAGGAACCAGGUGUUGUGGUGUCGUGGCAGAUAGGAUGUGGUAUUGACGUUGCUGGUACCCGAGUUGCUUCACUGUUGAAGUCAAGUGCUGAGACCGGAGCUUUUGACCAAGCCUUGUCCUCCCCAGUCUCCAGCUGGCAUAUUACCACAGGAUUCCCAAAAGGACCUCGCAGACGUACUCGCAGACAAGUCAUUAUACCUCUCUUCCCUACCCCAACACCUUCCAAGAAGCCCUUCAUUCCUGGUAAGGUUCCAGGGAUAACUGCAACACCUACAGCUACGAUUGCACCUCCAGCCUCUCGAGUAAGCAAAGUGACCGUUAUCAUCCCAACACCGACAACCGUCAUGCCUGAAAAGACAGUCAUGCCCAACACAAUGCCGCUUGUCAGGAAUGCUUUCAGACCAAUAUCUGUUAUAGCAGGUCAGAUGUUACGUUACCAAGUGCCAUCCAACACCUUCUUUGAUGCAGAGGACGGCAACACCAAAGCGUUGUCCUUGAGGAUGUUUUCUUUAACUGGAGGCAGCAUUGCUUCUUCUUCGUGGAUUCUCUUGAACGGUGCCUCACAGGAAAUCUACGGCCUUGGAAUGACAGGCCAAAUUGGAUCACAUGAUUUCGUAGUAUCUGCUAUUGACUCGGGAGGAUUGAGCGGCCAGAGUCCUCUAACUGUGAACGUUCAAAGGGAUACCCACCAGUACAACCAUGAAUUCACUCUCGAAUUGAACAUUGACAAUGCUGCGUUUUCUAACAAUGUGGAGCUCCGGCUUGAACUCCUAGACAAGCUGGCUACAUAUUUUGGGGUGAAUGCGGAUGACAUUCGUGCGUUUUCCUACGGGCCAGGUGUAGUUUUCAAAUUCCGCUUUGCACACGUGCCUCCUCAACCUUGCGACGGUGCGAUUCUUAAAGGUCUGAUCGACAAAUUUGGAAUAAGAAGUAUAAACCCCGCCCUGGUAACAGCUCUUGGAUCGAGAUUCGCAUUCAAAUCGGGAUCUUAUAGACUUUUGGGUCCCUGUACCAACGGCCCUGUGGUCAGGAAUGGCAUCACUCAAAUUAAUGCCAUAUCCGGACAAGCUCUCGAGUACAUUGUACCUCAGAACACUUUCUACGAUAUUGAAGAUGGGUACAAUUUGCGUCUGGAACUGCUGACCGAAGGCCUUGCGUUAUUGCAGCCGAUAUCGUGGGUCUUAAUCGACAGUGCCAACAGAAAGAUAUAUGGGCUGCCCAUGGAAGAUAUGGUUGCAAAUCACAAGUUUACUCUCCAGGCAACUGAUUCUGAUAACCAAAAAGUGCGAAACCAAUUCAACCUGGAUGUCAAGGCAGAUAGCAGCCAAUACAACCACGAGUUUACCCUAGUCUUGAAUAUAGACAACGUAGAAUUCACCAGAAAUGUUGCCAAACGUCUUUCACUUCUUCAUGACAUCGCUAAUUAUUUCAAGACUGACGUUAAAGACGUUCGAGUGACCAACUUUGGUCCGGGUGUCACUUUCUCCUUCAGAUUUAGCAACGUGCCGUACAAUGACUGUAAAGGACGGCUAAUGACAUUGAUUGACAUGUUUGGCAAAGACGGCAUUAACCCGAACUUCCAACGCGAACUGCAGAACAAAUUUCCAAUAACCAGAGGAACGUACAAGCUGCUAGGUCCUUGUAAAAAGGCUGAUAACACAGGUCCCACUGUGGCUAACCCUAUUAGGACCAUCCCAGACGUAUUUGCUGGCCAAGUGUUUACGUAUCGGUUACCACGUGAUACCUUUGUCGACAGGGAAGAUGGCGACGCUUCGAAACUUAAUCUCAAACUCAUGGCAUUCGGUGGAGUUAAGAUUCCUUCGAGUUCCUGGGUCUUGCUUGAUGGGCCAGAUCUGAAGCUCUACGGUCUCCCUAUGGACAUCCAGAUAGGUGAUCACGAGUUUGAUCUGUUGGCAGUGGACAGUGGGGGAUUAAAAGCCAAGGACAAGUUCACAAUACCCGUCAAAAGAGACCCUUCUCGCUUCAACCAUGUCUUCAGCUUUUUGUUUGAUUCUUUUGACAAGUCUAUUUUUUCAAGUAACGUGGCAGUGCGAACUGAACUAAUGGAAAAGCUUGCCACUCACUUUGGUAUAAAUCUCGAUAGACUCCGUGUUACUUCCUACUACCUAGAGCCGAAAGGAAUAAGGUUUAACUUCCAAAUCGCGGGCAUCCCACACAAGGAAUGUCAAAAUCCAGAACUGCUGAAAGCUAUUAACGCUUUUGGCAAAACGUCUCUAACCGCGUCUUUCAUUACGGCUCUGGCACCUAAGUUCGUUGUGAAGACAGGAAACUACACGCUUCUUGAUGUCUGUGCUGAAAAUGUGAAGCCAUCCAUCAAGAAUGGCAUCCUACCACGGGGUAGGCCAUUAGUAACAUUUGGAGGGCGCGUAUUGUACUAUACUAUUCCAGCUGACGCAUUCAUCGACCCAGAGGAGGGUAACACCAGGAACCUCAAGCUUCGUCUUCUCAGACCUGAUGGUACUCCAAUCCCAAUUGAUUCAUGGAUCAGGUUUGAUACUGACAAACAAGAGUUCCAGGCACUGCCUUUAGGGUCUCAGGUUGGUACUCAUCGUUUUGUUGUCGAGGCUGAAGACUCUAAAGGUGGCAAAGUGAAUGAUACGUUAGUGCUGAAUGUGGAUGAAGAUCCAAAGAAAUACACCCAGAAAUUCACCUUGUUUCUUGACUACGACAACAAGAAAUUCAAUGAUGAUGUGAAAGUUCGACUAAGUCUAGUCGAUAUAUUGGCCAACCACUUCAAAGUUCCAAGGGAAAACAUUCGAGUGGUUUCGUAUGGUGAUGGAGUGAAGUUCUCGUUCUACAUCGAUAACGUACCCAUGAGUCCAUGCAACCAUCCUCGAAGGACCCAGGUCGUAAACAUGUUUGGCAGGAAUCGUAGAAUCAAUAAAGAUUUAGAGAGGGCUCUUUCAUCGAUGUUCCCUGUCAAAAAUAUCGAAUACGAAGCACUUGGCCCCUGUCAUCCGUCCGGAAAUAUUGGUCCUAUCCUGAACAAGCCUAUUGGCACCCUUCAAGUGAACGCAGGCAAAGGAACUAUCUUCAAAAUACCUUACGAUACUUUCUUGGACGCCAACGAGAUCAACACUAGGUAUCUGAAUCUCAAGCUGAGGACAGAAAACGACAAACGAAUCCCGUCCAAUUCUUGGAUCGUUUUUCUGAACACGCAAGAGAUCUACAUGCUGCCUGAUAAACCAGAUAUUGGCCAACACAAGUAUAUCCUCAAGGCAUUUGACUCCGAAAAAGAAAAGGCAGAGGACAGCGUUACAAUUGAGGUGAUGAAACCCGUACCAGUAUCAACGGAGUUUACCUUGGACUUAGCCAUACCGAAGAAGCCAUUCAUGAACAAUGUGGAAAUUCGUAUAAAGCUGCUUGACAAACUGGCUAAAUUUUUUGGAGUCAAGUUAUCUGAUGUCAAUGUUCUGACGUACGGUCCUGAAGGGUCAGGUAUCCGGUUCAAAUUUGGCCUGUCUGAUUUCCCCCCACUUGUGUGCAACCAUCCAUUAGUAUUGAAGUACGCUGAUCUCUUUGGAAUCGAUAAUCCAACUCCAGAGCUAAAAAGAGCUUUAGGUAACGAAUUCAAUGUCAAGAAUGCGAAGGUCGAACAAGUUGGGGUCUGUAAACCAAAACCGUUGAAUACCCCACCUCGACGUGUCAAUGAUAUUGGUCGCCUCAACUUGUUUGAUGGCCAAGGGUUGAUUUAUACCAUACCUUUUGACGCUUUCUAUGACAAGGAAGACAAAAGUACCAGAAACCUGAGUCUAACUCUAAGGGUCGCUGAAGAUGACGAUGAUACCCUGCUGCCUACAUCAUGGAUCCUCUUAAAUUCUACCACACAGCAGAUAUAUGCCUUACCGAUGGCUGAGUCUCUGGGUAUGAAUAAGUUUUUCCUUGAAGCCAGAGAUUCGGGUGGGUUAGUGGAAUAUGAUGCCUUCGAAAUGUUGGUCGAGGAAGACAACAGCCCUUUCAACCAUAAGUUUACUCUCUUCUUGGACCACGAUAACGCAACGUUUUUGAACAAUGUUGUUGUGCGUUUGAGACUGGUGCAGAAGCUUGCAGAUUACUUUGGAGUCAAUAUAUCGAAUAUUAGAGUAGAUGAGUAUGGACCAGGUCCAUUCGUAACCUUCCACUUCGACCACGUACCCUAUAGUCCUUGUGAUAUAGUCGCGAUGAAUCGAUUGACAGACAAGUUUGGUGUGGAUAAGGUUAACCCGGCACUCGAUGCAGCGGUGGGACCUGAGUAUCGUGUGGCUGAUGGAUCCUAUGUUAUGAUGCCGCCCUGCACUGGAAAUGUCGGUGCUGUGACUGGUGCCAGGAGAGGCGUAUGGUGGACAGCAACCUUAAUACCCGUGAUCGUACUGGGUAUAUUGUUACUUCUCCUCGGGCUGUGCCUUUUGUUUGUCAUGCGUCGUAGACGACGAGGACUUAGUGGUGACGACAGGAAAACCUUCAUCUACAAACGAAAACCAGUUGUGUUCAAAGAAGAAUAUGACGUGAAAGAAAAUUUGUUAAAGCAGCCGUUGGUACUUCCCAAUGAGAAGCCCCCUCUGCCGCCUCCGGCUUACCCUAGAACACCUAAUGGCAGUGCUGUGACCACACCGAUGUUGGGAGAAGAAAGACGUGCUUACCAGGCACCAUCAUUCACGUCCAGUCGACAAAUGAGUUCAAAUGGUAGUAGUGGGGGGAUGAUGGCGUCUGGCGGAGGAGGAGGAGGAGCUGCUGCUGGUGGUGGUGGUAUGGGUGCUGGUAGUGGUGGUAUGGGUGGUGGUGGCGGUGGUAUGGGUGCUGGUAGUGGUGGUAUGGGUGGUGGUGGCGGUGGUAUGGGUGCUGGUAGUGGUGGUAUGGGUGGUGGUGGCGGUGGUAUGGGUGCUGGUAGUGGUGGUAUGGGUGGUGGUGGCGGUGGUGCAGGUAUGGGUGGAGAGGGAGGAGGUGCUGGAGGAGCUAUGUCUGGGGGAGCUGGCGGUGGUGCCAUGAGCGCAAGCAAGUCCUCUUCAUACAGUUACAGCAGCAGCAGCAACUCAAACAGCGCAAGGAAAGGAGCAUAUUCUGGAUACAGACUACCGCCUGCCUACGUGCCACCUUAAAAAGAUAGCUACAUCCUAGACAGUGAAAUUGGUUACGAUUACCUGUUAGAAACAUACUUUGAGAAGAACCUCGGCGAAAAGCUAAAGACGAACAAUAAUCUGAAAAAAAAUUGCAAGAUAUUGAAAGCGGUAGAAUAGCUGCUGAAAGACAUAAAGAUUGAAUGGUCGUCCUAUUGCUGGUGUCAUGUAGCAUACAAACAUCUUAAAAAGCUCACAUAACCUAAGUAUAUCCUUGAACGUAUACCCACACCAUUAUAAAGGUCAAGGUGAGCAAACAAARUUUAGCCCUGCUUUUCUCAAUGUUGUAUCUUUAAGAAUCUUUAAAAGCGAGGUGUUGAUAACGGUACAUGCAAAGAAUAUAUUGUCAAUCUAUAUAAAUAUUUAGGGAUAAAAUGAUUUUUAGGCGUCUUUAUACUCAAGGGUGGUCAGUCACGUGACCUCCGUGAUGACUUCAUAUUACGAGAAAAUAUAUAUAUUCAGCUGAAAAAAUUCAAGUAAAUCAUAAAAUCAGCAUUGAGCCAAGCAGGAGGUGUCAUUUAAACGGACAGAGCACGUGAACAUGACAAAACUUUGUUUUAUACAGUUUAUACAUAUUUAGCCGAAAAUUAGCGGCAAACGUAUUAAGCCGUCGUUUGCAAUCUGCAACCAGUCAGCGGUCUUAUGAUGCACCUUGCUAUUUUUGUUCUAAACAGUGUGCUUUUGGAUACAAGCUUGGCAAACGGCCAUGUUGGAUGACAUCAAAAAUAUAAUGGCGGCUGUAACUAGUAAUGGUUAACAGACUCGAGCUAAUUCAGUGCCCUAUUUCACUAUGGCGUCACUGCUUGUUUAUGUGGGGAGAGAAAAUUCAGCACAAUUGCUCCUAGCGAAACAGUUUAAUCUAAAAUGGCCUGGUUUUCAGAUAUAAAAUGUGUUAAUAUGUAUU